AUGGCCCAAUCGUCAGUGCCAGCGACAUUAUUACAGGUGGAGAUAUGGCCAGGUUGCCCAGGUCGUCCUGGUGCUAUCGUGAAGCGCCAGGCCGACGACCCAAUUAUCACCGAUUUAAAAUUCAUUCAGGACAAGUCCGACGGGAUCCUAGGCUUACCUAAGUAA